AUGGUUAUGAGAGUGCGUUGGCUGGUUGACCUUUUCCUUCUGCCCCUAAGGAAACUUCUAUGGUACCUGAAAGUGACGUCAACUGUAAACAAUGACUCUAAAACAUUUAAUCAGGGCUCUUUUAGAGUGAUCAAGUACGAAGUUGUUCCUGUUCUCUCAAAGAAUAACUUUUGGCUUUUUCGUAACUCAAAAAAAUGCAAGAUAGGGGGGAGGUGUUCACUCUCUAACUCGUAUGGCACAUUAAUUAUUAAUUUGGAAAAUGCAAAUGCUAAACUUCAAAACCAAUUGCAUGCAAACAAUGAGAAAUUGAAUCAGAAAUACAAAGAGUUGUCAAAAACAAAUGCCGCCUUAGUAACUGUUAAAGAACUUGCCUAUUUGGCUUUGGAAAAGACUAAUCAGUUUCAAGACCAAAUUUCGGAGAUUCGAUGUUUGAAGCUACAGCAAGGUGAUAACCAAGCAGAAUUGGUUGAGGAAUCAAAUCGAUUCAGAUCCAAAUUGAAAAAGUUAGGGUUGGCAUUGCAUGAUUUGAGCGUAAAGUUAGAAACGCAAACAAACAUGAGAUCUGAGAAUCAGGUGAAGUUAGAGAAACAGGAAUUAAUCACUAAGAACUUGGAAGCCACAAUUGAUGAAUUAUCAGGGAAUUUAUCAGAGGAAAAAUUUACUGUUGCUUCAUUGCAGCAGAAAUUGGCCCAGAACUCAGAUAAUGAAGUCAAAUAGUGGUUAUUUUACAUGAUGAU